UCAAAUUUCAGGGUUUUCCCCCUCGCUUAUUAUAACACUUUUAAGCAUAAUUUGUUUAUUUAGAAUUAUUUAGAAAGCAUGAUGACGGCCUAUUGUGGUACUACUUAAAUUUAUAAUUAUUUAUUCGACAUUUUUUAGCUAAAAAACAAAAACAAAUAUGGGUUAUUUUCCUUCAGUGGUUCCUCUCACUCUUUUAUGGUUAAAAAAAAAUAUGGAUAUCCAUGAGGAGAAUUCAGGUUGAGAAACAACCUUUAAAAACUCUGGGUGACUUUGGCCUUAUUUGGGGGGGGGGGUGUUCUCUCAGCCCGGCCUUCCUCAUAAGGUUGUUGUGGGGGAACCAAAAAGAGCAAGUCUUUCAUAGGCUGCCUUGACUUACGACCACAAUUGAGCCCGAAUUUCCUGUUGCUAAGGGAGACCGUCGUUAAAGGGAGUUUCGGCCCCUUUUUUAUGAGCAUUCGGAUACCUGGCAGAAAUUUUGGAACGAAUCUGAAAUAAGCCUUUUAAUACUUGUCACCUUUAAGGAACGUGUGUGUUUUGCUGUGUUAUUUUCUAUUUGAAUCAUUCAUUUGAAUCAUUCAAAUGAAUCAUUUCAUAGGGCCGUAAUAGCUCAGGCUGUUAGAAGCCUGUUAUCAGAACACAGCAGCCUGCAAUUACUGCAGGUUCAAGUCCCACCAGGCCCGAGGUUGACUCAGCCUUCCAUCCUUUAUAAGUGCCUUUUGUAACACAAAUGGGUGAUGAAAAGGAAUCGUGGAAGGUGAAAACAUUAGAUGAAAUUCUUCAGGAGAAGAAACGCCGGAAGGAGCAGGAAGAAAAAGCAGAUACCAAGCGCCUCAAAAAUUCUGAUGAUCGGGACUCAAAGCGGGAUUCCCUUGAAGAGGGAGAGUUAAGAGAUCACCGUAUGGAGAUUACUAUUAGAAAUUCACCUUACAGGAGAGAAGAUUCAAUGGACGACAGGGGAGAGGAAGACGAUUCCCUGGCUAUCAAACCGCCCCAGCAAAUGUCACGCAAGGAGAAAGCCCACCACAGAAAAGACGAGAAGCGGAAAGAAAAAAGACGGCAUCGCAGUCACUCGGCAGAAGGGAAACAUGCUAGGGUGAAAGAGAAAGAACGCGAGCAUGAACGUAGGAAAAGGCACCGCGAAGAGCAGGAUAAGGCCCGUCGCGAAUGGGAGAGGCAAAAAAGGAGAGAAUUGGCUAGGGAACACUCGCGGAGAGAGAGAGACCGCUUGGAGCAACUGGAACGAAAACGGGAACGGGAAAGGAAAUUAAGGGAACAGCAGAAGGAGCAGCGAGAGUUGAAAGAACGGGAGAGGCGAGCGGAAGAAAGGAGGAAAGAACGGGAAGCCAGACGGGAGAUCUCAGGGCAUCAUAGGACAAUGAGGGAAGACUACGGAGAGAAGGUCAGAAUAUGGAGCAGAAGUCCCCUGCGACAACAGAGAGAAAAACUUGAACCGUCCGAAAUCAGGAAGCCAGUGAGAGAGGAGAAACCGGAAGGAAAAGACCCCCUGUCCGAUCUCCAGGAUAUCAGUGACAGUGAACGAAAAACCAGCUCGGCUGAGACAUCAUCAGGGGAAUCAGGAUCGGCUUCAGAAGAAGAGGAGGAGGAAGAGGAGGAGGAGGAAGAAGAAUCCAGCAGCGAAGAGUCUGAAGAGGAAGAAGAGGAAGAGGAGGAGGAAGAAGAAGAGACAGGAAGCAAUUCGGAGGAAGUCUCCGAACAGUCAGCCGAAGAGGUGAGCGAAGACGAAAUGACCGAAGAAGAGGAGCGAGAAAACGGAGACCAUCUUCCACUUGUUACAGAGUCGAGAUUUGACCAGGAUUCUGUGGGAAGCGAAGUUGAGGAAGAUGACAUCGUUGAAGGAAGCCCGCAGUCCAAUGCCAUGACGGAAGGCGAAUAUCUUCCCGAUUCCCCGAUCUCCUCGCCUGUAGAACUGAAACGGGAGCUACCCAAAUAUCUCCCAGCCCUUCAGGGCUGCCGCAGCGUGGAAGAAUUCCAGUGUUUGAACCGGAUCGAAGAAGGGACUUACGGCGUGGUGUACAGAGCAAAAGACAAAAAAACAGAUGAAAUUGUGGCCUUGAAGCGAUUAAAAAUGGAGAAGGAAAAAGAAGGUUUUCCUAUUACCUCCUUAAGAGAGAUCAACACCAUCCUCAAAGCUCAGCACCCGAAUAUUGUCACUGUUAGGGAGAUCGUCGUGGGUAGCAACAUGGACAAGAUCUACAUAGUGAUGAACUACGUCGAGCACGACCUCAAAAGUUUGAUGGAAACCAUGAAACAGCCUUUUCUGCCAGGGGAAGUGAAAACUUUGAUGAUUCAAUUGCUACGAGGGGUCAAACACCUCCACGACAACUGGAUUCUGCACCGGGAUUUGAAAACUUCUAACCUGCUCUUGAGCCACGCUGGGAUCUUAAAAGUUGGAGAUUUUGGAUUGGCCCGAGAAUAUGGUUCUCCCUUAAAGCCCUACACCCCGGUUGUCGUGACGUUGUGGUACCGAGCACCCGAGCUCUUACUCGGAGCCAAGGAAUAUUCCACAGCCAUUGACAUGUGGUCUGUGGGUUGCAUCUUCGGAGAGCUGUUAACCCAGAAACCGCUUUUCCCAGGGAAAUCCGAAAUCGAUCAAAUUAACAAAGUUUUUAAAGACUUGGGAACUCCGAGUGAAAAAAUCUGGCCAAAUUAUAACGAGCUGCCGGCGGUCAAAAAAAUGACCUUCACAGAGUACCCAUACAACAAUCUCCGCAAACGGUUCGGUGCCCUCCUCUCGGAUCAAGGAUUCGAUCUCAUGAAUAAAUUCUUGACCUACUACCCUGGGAGAAGGAUCACUGCCGAAGACGGCUUAAAGCACGAAUAUUUCCGCGAGACCCCACAACCCAUUGACCCCUCCAUGUUUCCAACGUGGCCGGCCAAAAGCGAACAACAGCGAGUGAAACGGGGGACAAGCCCACGACCCCCAGAAGGAGGAUUGGGAUACAGCCAGCUGGGCGACGAUGACAUAAAAGAUACCGGUUUCCAUUUGACGACCACGAACCAAGGCGCGUCAGCUGCAGGACCCGGAUUCAGCCUGAAGUUUUAAAACGGAGGGGCCGGAAGGCACGAACAUUUGAGAGGAACCAGAAGGAGGGGAUAUCGUGUUCUCUGGCGGAACGGGGAAAAAAAUCCCAUCAGGCUACGCCGAUUACUUUUUUCUGCAGAAUAUUCUCUGCAGUUGGGACCAGCUUCUGGAUCAAAGUAUAAAGAAAGUUGGAUUCCUUUUUAAGGAUUGGAAUUGAUCCGAAUAACCAAGGACCCUUUCGGGGGAGGGAGGCAAAGGAAAAAAACAGCACGACCAUCAUGAGAACAAAAUCCCAGUUAACUUCAAGAACUGCUUUUUCUAUUUAUGUUUUUUCCCAUUCAGAUUAGUUUUUUCCCCCCUUGUUUGUACAUAUGUAGAAUAAAAGAGAAAAUGAUUUUUAA